AUGGUACUCUUGCAAACAUACCUGCUGUAUCUUGGCUUUGAACGGUAUCGCCUGUAUUCGGAGAUGAAAUGGCCUCACGGGGCGUAUCCACGUCUGUGGCUAAGUGUCUAUGUUGUACUGUAUUCGCUGUGCAUUCCCGGUUUGUUACUGUUUAUGGCAUUCGGGAUAUUCAAAUCUGGCAACAUUGCUGGUGAUAAUGAUCGGCUUGGCGCACGGGUCGAUCGAGUAAUUGAAAUCACCCAAAAAUCAAACCGCUAUGGAAGAGGUAAUUAA